GGGGUAAAAUCUGAAAAUGAAUUUCCCUCCGAAGAGGCCGCACAGCAUAGGUUACAGUAGUUGAAAGAAAAUGGCGAGAAGAACAAGGGAAAGGACUCCAAUAAACUGAUGAAUUGAACCAUAAAAUUAUUUAAUAUUAAUGCUUUGUAGGUCCCUUUGGCUUCUCCACUAACCAAAAUUUCUAUUUCUAUUUCCAUUUUGAUUUGAUUCCAAUACAAAACCCUCCUUUUUGGUCUCUCGAAUCUUCUUAGCUUCUCCUUUUCACUCACCUACACCCGUCCUGAUUGAGAUGAUGAUUAUGUAGAGAUACCAGCGGUUCAAUUUCUGAGGAGAUACAGUGGUUUGGUUUAGAUUUAGGCGAGAAAAUGGACAAGAGUAAGAAGAAAGAAGUAAUUCGAUUGGAAAGGGAAUCUGUGAUUCCAAUUCUCAAGCCUAAGCUCAUCAUGACAUUGGCCAAUCUCAUUGAACAUAGUUCUGACCGGGCUGAGUUUCUAAAGCUCUGCAAGAGAGUUGAGUACACAAUUAGAGCUUGGUAUCUUCUGCAGUUUGAAGAUUUGAUGCAACUAUAUUCCAUUUUUGACCCAGUAACUGGGGCUCAGAAAUUGCAGCAGCAGAAGCUAUCUCCUGAAGAAAUUGAUGUACUUGAACAGAAUUUCCUAACGUACUUAUUUCAGGUGAUGGAUAAGAGCAACUUCAAGAUAGUGACCGAUGAGGAAAUUGAUGUUGCACUCUCAGGGCAGUAUCUUUUAAACCUUCCCAUCAAAGUAGAUGAAUCCAAGCUUGACAAGGAGCUUUUGAAGAAGUAUUUUGCUGAGCAUCCUCAUGAAAAUCGUCCUGACUUUGCUGAUAAGUAUGUUAUCUUUCGACGUGGGAUUGGGAUUGAUCAGACAACUGAUUACUUUGUUAUGGAGAAAGUGGACAUGCUCAUUGCACGCUUUUGGGCAUUUAUUCUAAGAGUAACUCGGAUAGAAAAAUUUUUGCAUAGAAGAUCAAGUGGAAGGCGUAAAAGAGAUCCAAAAAAGGAUGAUGAAAUUGACUCUGAAGCAGCUCAGGAUGACUUAUGUGUUGAACGUAUUCGUCUGGAGAAUAUGGAACUAAGUGUUAGGAAUUUGCUAAGCAGUACUACAAUCCAAGAACCUACAUUUGAUAGGAUAAUAGUGGUUUACAGGCGAGUGAGUAGCAAAUCAAAAACAGAACGAGGAAUAUAUGUGAAGCAUUUCAAAAAUAUUCCAUUGGCCGAUAUGGAAAUAGUUCUUCCUGAAAAGAAAAGUCCUGGGUUAACUCCCAUGGACUGGGUCAAAUUCUUGGGUUCUGCUAUAGUUGGGCUGGUCGCUGUGAUUAGUUCAGUUGAAAUGCCUAAGGCUGAUCUUUGGGUCAUUUUUGCUAUACUUUCCACUGUGAUCGGUUACUUUGCUAAGACGUACUUCACGUUUCAGCAAAACUUGGCUACAUAUCAGAACUUAAUUACACAGUCCAUGUAUGACAAACAGUUAGAUAGUGGAAGGGGUACUCUUCUUCACCUGUGUGAUGAUGUGAUUCAACAAGAAGUAAAAGAGGUUAUUAUCUCAUUCUUCAUAUUGAUGGAACAGGGCAAGGCUACUUUGCAGGAUUUGGAUCUGCGAUGUGAGGAACUAAUUCAAGAAGAGUUUGGGGAGAGUUGUAAUUUUGAUGUGGAUGAUGCAGUUCAUAAGUUAGAGAAGUUGGGCAUUGUUGCUCGGGAUACUCUUGGACGAUAUUAUUGUGUUGGUCUCAAACGUGCCAAUGAGAUUAUUGGCACCACAACUGAAGAGCUUGUCCUCAAGGCAAAACAGGGUUUUAGUACUUGAUUGUCCUUGGAAGACGGUGCUCGGUUAAUUAUAGCCUUAACAACAAAGAGUGAAGUGGAGUUUGCAGAGAAGCAAGAUUCAGGACGCUGUAGAAAUUCCUAAUGCAUCAAUCUCUUUUACAAAGACUUGUACCCCUUCAAUGCAAGUAUACCUCAGCCAUAUAUGUUAAUCGGUUUUUCCUGUCCAGAUCCGAUUCACCAUAGAUCCAAGACACAAGUUUUAAGUCAACACUGAAUCAGAAUUGAGCAAGAAUUUCUCGUAAUUACACCAGUAUCUGGUCUGGAUCCCUAGUCUUAAUUAUAACAUUCCACUUUCAGAAAAAUUGAU